CGGGUUCGUGGUUAUUUGCAAGCCGUAGAGAAGUUUUUAUUUCCGUAGCAGUUUGAAAAGGAUGGGAGACUUUCUCUCUCUUUUUCUGAGAAUCUCAUGUCUGUUGGGAGUCUCAUGGAUUGUGAGGCUGGUAUACUGGGUAUGGUGGAAGCCCAUGAAGCUGGAGAGGCAGCUCAGGGCCCAAGGCUUCACUGGCCCACCUUACAGACUGCUUUUUGGAAACCUGAGAGAGAAUUCAUGGAUGGUGGAGGAAGCCCUCUCAAAGCCCAUGAAUCUAUCCCACCAGAUUUUGCCACGUGUCGUUCCCCAUCUCUACAACACUGUAAAGGAGUAUGGUAAGAUGUCAAUGAACUGGUUUGGACCAAUGCCUAGACUGAACAUCAUGGAUCCUGAGCUGAUAAGGGAAAUUCUUUCUAGAAAUGAUCACUUUGAGAAGCCCCCGCAAACCCCACUUACAAAAUUUCUAGCAACAGGCGUUGCUGUUUACAGGCGGGAGAAGUGGGUCAUGCAUAGGAGGCUUUUAUCUCCUGCCUUCCAUCUACAAAAAUUGAAGUGCAUGCUACCAGCAUUUUCCAUGAGUUGUAGUGAGUUGGUCAAGAGAUGGGAAACGUUAAUUGGUUCACAAGAGUCCUAUGAAUUGGAUGUGUGGCCGGAACUUCAGACGUUUGCCGGAGAUGUCAUUUCCCGGACGGCAUUUGGCAGCAGCUACAAAGAAGGGAAGCGGAUAUUCGAACUCCAGGCAGAACAAGGUCUACUCCUCACUAAAGCUAGAAGGAUUGUAUACAUCCCAGGUUUCAGGUUUUUGCCCACCAAAGAUAACCUUAGGAGAAAGGCGCUGGACAGAGAUGUGACAGCUCUUUUGAGGGCUAUGAUUGAGAAGAGAGAAAUUGCUAUGAAAAUGGGAGAAUCAGGUAACAAUGAUUUAUUAAGCUUGUUACUCGAGUCCAACAACAACAACUGUAAUGAGUCUCAAGAACAUGGAAAGAACUUCAAGAACAUCAGAAUGACAACUGAAGACAUAAUAGAGGAAUGCAAGCUAUUCUACUUUGCUGGACAUGAAACUUCAUUGGUUUUACUGACGUGGACGAUGAUCUUGUUGAGUAUGCAUCCGAGCUGGCAAGAACGUGCCAGGGAGGAAGUUUUGCAAGUGUUUGGGAAAAAUGCACCAGAUUUCAAUGGCUUAAACCACCUAAAGAUUGUACCAAUGAUUCUGUAUGAAGUUCUUCGGCUAUACAUAGGCGGCGUUCUAAUUCGACAAACUUACAAGGAAAUGAAACUUGGGAAACUCACCAUCCCACCAGGAGUCCAGAUUGCAUUGCCAAGCAACCUAAUUCAUCGAGACCCUGAAUUUUGGGGCGACGAUGCAGAGGAGUUCAAACCAGAGAGGUUCGUGGGAGGUGUCUCAAAUGCAGCAAAGCAUCAGAUGGCAUUCUUCCCAUUUGGGGGUGGGCCAAGGAUCUGCAUUGGCCAGAACUUUGCAAUGAUAGAAUCUAAGAUGGCAUUGGCCAUGAUUCUGCAGCACUUCUCAUUUGAACUUUCACCCUUGUAUGUUCAUGCUCCGAAGACCGUUAUUACUAUCCAACCUCAAUAUGGAGCUCAAAUUAUCUUGCGCAAAGUUUGAGUACAUUAUCGUUGUGAAGGAAAAAAAAAAAAACAUUCCUAAGUUCAAAUUGUUGUUUGAGAAGUCUUCUUAUUUAUCAAAUCAGUCAUUCCAUCCAUCCAUGAUAGUUACAAGAUGUAAUGAACCGAGAAUCAUGACUACAAAAUACAGAUCGGAUGGCGACAAGAUUCACCAAUUGACAAGUUGUGUUAUGGGUUUAACUUG